UCCCUAUCCAUCACACAGUUGUGAUUCAGUUUUCUUUAUUGUUCUUCGUCUUCUGAAAAUUUUCUUUGAAAUUCCAGCUUUUGACUACAAUGUCAGGAAGGGGAAAGGGAGGUAAGGGGCUCGGAAAGGGAGGAGCCAAGAGGCAUAGGAAGGUCUUAAGGGACAACAUUCAGGGCAUUACCAAGCCUGCGAUUCGCCGUCUGGCUCGUAGGGGAGGUGUGAAGAGAAUCAGCGGUUUGAUCUACGAAGAAACCCGAGGCGUAUUGAAGAUCUUCUUGGAGAACGUGAUUCGUGAUGCCGUGACAUACACUGAACACGCCAGAAGGAAGACUGUUACCGCCAUGGAUGUUGUUUAUGCCUUGAAAAGGCAAGGCAGGACUCUCUAUGGUUUUGGAGGUUAAGCUUAGUACACUUUUGUAUUUUAGGCUUUGCAGUAUUAUGCUUAUUAUGGUAGAAUCAUGGAUCUUGGCUAUAGAUCCACUGCCUUAAUGUAAUUGCUUCAGUUCGUUGUUGAUGUUACUGUGAUUCUAAAUAUUUGAAAUGCUCUCAAAGGAUUUCAAUCAA